GUGGCACUUUACGACACAUCUAGCCGGACAUUGGGUGGUGACAUUGCGGUGGCGAGCGUUCAGUUCACGGACGACGACUUUCAUGAAAAUUCCAUCGGAGGCACUGUGAGUUGGCAGCGUGGUGCUGCAACCACAGACUUUGGCUUUGUGUCGGAGUUCCAGCUGUACUUGGCAGAGGAUGCUUUGGGGACCAACGAGCGGAUGAUCGACUCAGUGGGUGCGAGUCGGUCGUCCUACGAGAUUACAAACGUGUCGAGACGCAUGUCAGAGUAUGGUUGCUCCGCAGGCUUUCCGGAUUGGUGGGUGACGCUUGGCAUGGCUUUGCCACAAGAGCUAACAAAGGGUGAUGUGUGCGAUGGCGGCAAAGUUUCUGUAACGAUCUUGCAAUCAGCCAAGGAGCACAACCACAACGAUGUCCUCCAGUUCAACCACAUCCUCCGUGACCCAUACUUCUACUUCUACGAGCUCCACCACGUCUUCCACAGCAACUUCGACCACAUCCUCGUCUUCUUCAACAAGCACCACAAGCAGCACGACUUCGACAUCAUCCAGCACCACUACCUCUACCUCGACAUCUUCCACAUCAUCGACAACCACCAGCACCAGCACCUCAUCCACAAGCACACCAUCCACGAGCAGCAGUACGUCAUCAACUUCCUCAACCUCGUCGUCCUCGUCAAGCACGUCGUCCACUUCCACAUCCAGUUCAUCUACUUCCACCAGCAGCACCAGCACCUCAUCUACGAGCACUUCAUCCACGAGCAGCAGCACGACAACGACGACAACGACGUCAACAUCUUCGUCAAGCUCGUCGUCCACGUCCACCUCAAGUUCAUCAACGUCCACCAGCACCACCAGCACCUCAUCUACAAGCACUUCAUCCACAAGCAGCAGCACUACAUCGACCUCGUCGACUUCAACAUCUUCGUCAAGCACUUCGUCCACAUCCACGUCCAGCUCAUCUACUUCAACCAGCAGCACCAGCACCUCUUCUACGAGCACGUCAUACACAAGCAGCAGCACUACAUCGACCUCGUCGACUUCAAUAUCUUCGUCAAGCACUUCGUACACGUCCACCUCAAGCUCAUCUACUUCCACCAGCAGCACCA